UAUAACUUCAAAAAACCAUCAAAAAACUCAAAUCAAAUGUCAGUGCCGCAAACAAAUUCUGUUUAAAUAUUCAAAAAAAUCAGUAUGUUCUAAUGUAAAACCCUUUUCCCGUGACUAUGCCGGGCUCGAUUUGCUGCCAGAAAGAGUCGCUUGAACAAACUCAUGUUUCUAAAGAGUAUGUUUAAGUCGGUUCUAAUUGGCCUCCCAGUAGGCCUAACCCUGCUCGACACCGUGGGGUAUGUGGCUCGGGUCGAGGGUAUAUCUAUGCAGCCAGCACUCAAUCCAGAAGCGAAGAACAUGGACUACGUGUUUUUAUCGCGAUGGGCGAUCAGAGACUUCAGUGUGAAGCGAGGUGACGUUGUAUCGCUGGUGUCGCCGAAGGAUCCUAACCAGAAGAUUAUCAAGCGUGUGGUAGCGCUGCAGGGGGAUGUGGUGAGCACACUGGGCUACAAGACGCAGUACGUGAAGGUUCCCGAGGGCCACUGCUGGGUGGAAGGCGACCAUACGGGGCACACGCUUGACAGCAACACUUUCGGCCCUGUGUCAUUAGGUCUGUUGAACGCUAAGGCUGUAGCGAUAGUGUGGCCUCCCGACCGAUGGCAGCAACUCGAAGCUAAAUUGCCGGCACACAGAAGACCCAUCAGUACUCCUAUGUAGUGGUUGUUACGUCCAGGGCCACACUUACAUCAAUUUCCAAGCAAAUGCUAGCUUGUUCUACUGGAUCUUGAUGUUUAGUGGUUCUAUA